UUGGAGAUUGCACAUAAAUCGUGUUGUUAAUUAAAAAUCUAAAUUUUAAAGCGGAUAAAUUACUAUUAUUAAGUUACAUGCAACAUUGCUGAAGGGAUUACUAGCUAGUACAUCAUAAAAACCAUGGAAAGCUGUAAAAUAGAAGUCGGAAAUAGUGUAAAUAUCAAAAGAAGUGAUGGCCGUGUACAUUCAGCAAUGGUUUCAAAAUUGAAUCCAGCUCAGCGAUCUGUUACCGUUGAAUGGUAUGAGCGAGGUGAAACCAAAGGCAAAGAGGUCGAACUAGACAUGCUGCUACAACUCAAUCCAGAACUAAUGCAGACAACAAGACAAACGUUUGCAGUUCCAGUUCCGCCACAAAACACAACUUUACAAGCUCCAGUAAAUUUGCAACGAGAAUCAUCUGACUCAUCAAUUGACGAUGAUGGAUAUUUGGAUGAGCAAGAAGAUCCAAUGACUGAUCAACAAAAUCAAAAUAACAAUCAAAACCCAUCUGAACAGACAAGUGGUGGCAAUAAUACACUGCCUAUUAAAUCAACGGGAAAUACGACGCGAUCGAAUCCAACACAAGGGAAUAUUCAGCGACUUACAAGAGCAAAUAAUGCUUCAAGUGCAGCUUUAAAUGGAAAUAGAAUCUCAAAAAUCGCAACAUCAACAGCUAUUCAUAACGGACAAGAUCAAUCUGAGAACGUUCCUCCGCAAGCUAAAAAGGUAACAAACAAUCGAAUGUCACUUACGACUACACAGCAGACAAAUCAACAACAACAAGCUAUGUCAAAUGCGGCAGCUGGACGACGCUCUUAUGUUGUUAAGGAGGUAGAGAGGCUAAAAGAGAAUCGUGAGAAACGACGUGCACGUCAGUUGGAGAUUAAAGAGGAAAAGAAUGCGCUAAUGAACAUGGAUCCUGGUAAUCCAAAUUGGGAGCUUGCUGCAAUGAUUAGAGAAUAUCAAUCGACAAUUGAUUUUCGACCACUGAUUGAUGGUUUAGCAAUUGAGGAUCAUCAAAUUACAGUCUGCGUUAGAAAGCGACCAUUAUCAAGGAAGGAAAUAAUGAAGAAAGAACUAGACGUUAUUUCGGUUCCAACAAAAGACACACUUAUCGUACACGAACCAAAAUCAAAAGUCGACCUCACAAAGUUCCUGGAGAAUCAUAAUUUUAGAUAUGAUUACGCCUUUGACGAUAGCUGUAAUAAUGAUUUGGUCUACAAGUAUACGGCAAAGCCUCUUGUGCAUACAAUCUUUGAAGGUGGAAUGGCAACAUGUUUUGCAUAUGGUCAAACCGGUUCUGGAAAGACACAUACGAUGGGAGGUGAUUUCAAUGGAAAAGUACAAGAUUGUAAAACAGGCAUUUACGCGAUGGCAGCAAAGGAUGUUUUUAUGUUUUUGAGAGGUCAAAAAUAUCGCAACUUAAACUUGGCAGUGUCUGCAUCAUUUUUUGAGAUUUAUAGUGGAAAAGUGUUCGAUUUACUGUCCGAAAAGAAUAAGCUUCGUGUAUUGGAAGAUGGAAAGCAGCAAGUUCAAAUUGUCGGAUUGACUGAACGUGUUGUGGACAAUGUCGAGGAAGUAUUAAAAUUAAUUCAACUUGGAAAUGUUACAAGAACAUCAGGACAGACAUCAGCCAAUGCAAAUUCGUCUCGUUCACAUGCUGUGUUUCAGCUUGUCUUACGCCCAGUUGGUUCAGCGAAAAUUCAUGGAAAAUUUUCGUUCAUCGAUCUGGCUGGUAAUGAACGUGGUGCUGAUACAAAUUCAGCAAAUCGACAGACACGUAUGGAAGGUGCUGAAAUCAACAAGUCAUUGCUUGCAUUAAAGGAAUGUAUUCGAGCAUUAGGGAGACAGAACGCACAUUUGCCAUUCCGUGUUAGUAAAUUAACACAAGUUUUAAGAGACUCAUUUAUUGGAGAAAAGAGUAGAACAUGUAUGAUUGCCAUGAUUAGUCCUGGAUUGUCAUCAUGCGAACAUACACUAAAUACACUUAGAUAUGCAAAUCGUGUUAAAGAACUAGUGGCAAUUGAUCCAUCAGAAAGAAAUGGAAUGUUGGAUGAUGAAGAGCCAAUGGAUAUGCAGGAACCCAAUGAACAAAAUGGAAAUGGAAAAAAUAUGGAUUUGUCUCAGUUGCGCUCACUAAAUCCUUUCGAAGAGCACGACAUUAGUGUGGAACUUUUCAAUCAGCACACAGCCAUUUCUGAAUUGCAACAAGUAGAAGAUGAGACGAUCGAUCAAUUGAAAUUACUCGCUGAAUUUAAUACUAAAUUUGGACCAGAGUUAAUGGAAUUAUGCAGAAUGACAAACAAUCCUGAUUACGAUACGGAUGCCUUUUGUAAACGCGGUAAUGAAUUAUUACGACAGCUAUUCUGUUAUGCUCAGCCAUGUGCAGACUUGUUAGCCGACUUUAAAUCAAAAUUGGAAAAGGAGGAAAUGAUAUCACACAAAAUGAUGCCCGGAAAACGCUAAUGUGUCUACGAAAGGACUUCUAUUUUAUUUUUUUUCAUUUUCUUCGUACGUAACUCUUUAUUUAUACAGAAAAAUCCCAGUUAUACAAAAUUCUCCUUAAUUCUUUCCGUUUAAUUCUUUUAAUUUUCUUUAUACUUUAUUAUGUACUCUCUCUCUUUGUUUCGAUUGUCUUAUUGAUUAUUGCAUGAUUUUGAAAGAAAAUUGAGAUUACUCACCAAAGAAACGCUUUGGAGCUCAACUCAGUGUGCCCAAAAAGUUUUUUUUCCCGACUUCCUUAAAAAUGUUUGAUUUAUUUUCAAAAUCGUUCGAUAACUUUUAAAAUGUCAUUAAAGAUUAAAAAUUAUCUCAAAAAUAAUAAUUAUUAAGAAAAAGUUCUUUUUAUACCUAAUUAUUAAUUAAUUAAAUUAAACAAGAUGAAGAAAAAAUUGUCAAGUCAAGAAAGAAAAUUUUUGUAAAUUAAUUAACCCGUACCGAAGAUCCAGCUAUUCAGCAUUCAUAUAUUUAGCUUUAGAUAUGAUAUCAAGUAAAGCUCUGAAUCAGCUUAUUUGCCAGAUAAAUUAAGAGUCAAUUUCAAUGAUGUGGAUGACUAUGGAGUAAAGUCUAGCUUUGGCAUAUCUGAGAAACCAAGUUGUUCGUUUUGAAAACAUUGGAUUAAUUCAAAAUUGACUUUUUAAUCCCAGGAUUAAAUCUUACCUGAGUUUUCGGAUUAAUAUUAAAUCCUACAGAUCAAUCCACAUCAACAGAAGUCAGACUCACAUUUCCAUCAUCCCUUUUAUCGUCUUUGCCUGAACUGUAUAUUGCGACAUAUCAACAAUGUAUGGCAAUUUUUGUGUAUUUUUUUCCGUUCCCAAAGCAGAUGUAAUAAAUUAAUAAGAAACUUUGGGUACGAGAAAAUGUUUAAUUUUUGAAAAGCACACGCAAAAGUUUUCUGGAAUCAACUGAAAGCUCAAAAUUAAAAUUUUUUUUAGAGAAGUGAUAUAAAAAGUUGUAAUUGAUAGGAUUUACUAAUUUUUGCUUUUAUUAACUUUUAUACAUUUUAGUUCUGUUUUUGCAUUUCUUUUUCUAAUGAUAAUUUUGAGUGACUUUUGUUGAUAAAUGACAGUAAGCUAUUCCAUAAAUGCAUAGACUCUAAAUGGUGUCACAAAAGGGGAUUAUUCAUAUUUAUGAUGUCUAUCUAUAAGGAUUAGUGAGAGUUAUGAGUUUUCAAAUGAUGUCUGAAAUCCCAUUUUUUUGAAUAGACGUCAUAUGCGAAUAACCCCAAAUUUAUAUCUGAGAUUUCUACAAACUCGAAACUUUGAAUGACGCAAGUGCGUAUGUCCUUGAAUUAAAACAGCUUAGAAUUAAAAAAUUAAUCAAUGAAAUUUAAAACAAAACUUAAGUCACCCCUCAUAUCCCUCUUAACUGAGCAUAAUUCACAGAGCCAUUCAAGUUUCUAGUGAUGUACAUUAAUCAAGGAACAACAACAUUAAUCCUGAAUAAUAAAUUAAAAAAUUAUUAAUUCUAUUGAUUAUUAUGAAAUUAUAUUUUUUUAUAAGAAGUAAUAACUUGAAAUCAGAAAUUGGAAAGACUAAUUUCAUUAAGGCAUAAAAUAUAUGAACACAAUUUUUGUCUAUGUAUCAAAAAGAUAUUUAACAUCUACAAAAAAAGAUUUAUUAGAGAAGAUUAUGUGAAGCUUUUACUUUUUUGUUCACUUUGCG